AUGGACUUUGACUAUGCACAUUACAUGCUUACAGAAGCGAGGAAAGGUAAGGAAAAUCCUGCAGCGAUCUCUUCACCAUCCAGAGAGGCGUACAGGAAACAGCUCGCUGAAGCCUUGAAUAUGAAUAGGACAAGGAUUCUUGCUUUCAAAAACAAGCCGCCUACCCCCACAGAGACAAUUCCGAAUGAGUUUGCAUCAGCUGCUGCUCACCAGGCCAAACCCUCAAAACCCCGUCGGCAUAUUCCCCAGACUUCCGAGAGGACUUUAGACGCCCCUGAUAUUGUGGAUGAUUACUAUUUGAACCUAUUAGAUUGGGGCAGCAGCAACGUUCUCUCCAUUGCUCUAGGAAACACGGUGUACAUGUGGGAUGCAUCUAAUGGAGCUACAUCAGAACUUGUCACAAUUGAUGAAGAAAAUGGCCCUGUGACCAGUGUCAGAUGGGCUCCGGAUGGUCGCUACAUUGCUGUUGGCCUGAACAACUCGGAAGUUCAGCUAUGGGAUUCAACAGCCAAUAGACUGCUGAGAACUUUGAGAGGUGGCCAUGGGUCACGAGUUGGUGCUUUGGACUGGAACAAUCAUAUUUUGACUACUGGAGGCAUGGAUGGUCAGAUCAUUAACAAUGAUGUUAGAGUGAGGGCACACAUUGUUGAAACUUAUAGAGGACAUCAUCAAGAAGUUUGUGGCCUUAAAUGGUCAGCCUCCGGCCAGCAGUUAGCAAGUGGCGGAAAUGAUAAUCUGCUCCACGUAUGGGACAGAUCCAUGGCUUCGUCUAAUUCUCCAACACAGUGGCUUCACAGGCUCGAGGAACAUACUGCUGCUGUCAAAGCACUUGCCUGGUGUCCUUUCCAGGGUAAUUUACUUGCCUCGGGUGGAGGUGGAGGUGACCGGUGCAUAAAAUUCUGGAAUACGCAUACUGGUGUGUGCUUGAACUCAGUUGACACAGGAUCACAGGUCUGUGCUUUAUUGUGGAAUAAAAAUGAGCGUGAGUUGCUUAGCUCUCAUGGAUUUACUCAGAAUCAGCUCACUCUCUGGAAAUACCCCUCCAUGGUCAAAACAGCCGAGCUCACUGGGCAUACAUCGAGAGUUCUUUUUAUGGUUCAGAGCCCGGAUGGAUGCACAGUUGCAUCAGCUGCAGGAGAUGAAACUCUGAGGUUCUGGAAUGUUUUUGGGACACCUGAAGUGGCAAAACCUGCACCCAAGACAAACUCUCAGCCAUUUGCUCACUUGAACAACAUUCGAUGA